GGCACGGGUUGCAGAAGCCAAACAAGACAAAAGACAAAUAAAAAGCACAAAACAAUGUUUUUGUUUCUUAUGGAAAGGGAAAACAGAACAGGACAGUACAGGACAGAACAGGACAGAAACAGAACAACAACUACACCGGAAUCCGAAUAGAAGAAUCAAAACAGAACAACUUACAACAACAAAAACAACAAUGCCCUCUUCUUCCUUCCUUCCUUCCUUCUCUUUUCUUGUUUUUUCGUCUGUUAGAAACAAAGAAUAAAUCAUCCAUCUUCUGAUACACUCUCAGAACAGAAAACAUAUACAUAGACUGUUCCGUCUUCCCCUUGUUCUCUUCUUGUUUCUUUCUGUCUCCUUUCUUUCUUUGUUAUCUAAUUUUUUUUGUAAUACAAAAAAGUUUUGAACAUUAUUAUUUAUAAUAGUCACAAGAGAGAAACCAAGAGAAGAGAGAUCGAAUGGAGCAACUUGUUAAUUUUAUUAUACGGCCACCCAGAGCUGAAUACAACCCAAAACAUGAUUUGUUGGAUCAAGAGUUCAUGUUGAAAGGAAAAUGGUACCAAAGAAAGGACGUGGAGGUUCAAAACAGUAGGGGAGAUGUUCUUCAAUGUAGUCAUUACAUGCCCAUUGUUAAUCCCCAAGAAAAGCCUCUGCCCUGUGUAAUAUACUGUCAUGGAAACAGUGGGUGCAGGGUUGAUGCUAGUGAAGCUGCUAUUGUAUUGCUGCCUUCAAACAUCACAGUUCUCACUCUCGAUUUCUCAGGAUCUGGAAUUUCUGGAGGAGAUUAUGUCACUCUAGGAUGGAAUGAAAAAGAUGAUCUCAUGGCUGUCGUUGAUUAUUUGCGGCAAGAUGGAAAUGUCUCUUUGAUUGGCUUAUGGGGCCGUUCAAUGGGUGCUGUCGCUAGCCUGAUGUAUGGAGCUGGGGAUCCCUCGAUCACAGGAAUGGUUCUUGACAGUCCCUUUUCUGAUUUGGUUGACCUGAUGAUGGAACUUGUGGGUACCUACAAAUUUCCUUUACCCAAGUUCACUGUGAAAUUUGCUAUCCAAUACAUGCGAAAAACUAUCCAGAAAAAGGCAAAGUUUGACAUAAUGGACCUGAACACCAUUAAGGUGGCAAAAUCAUGCUUUGUUCCAGUUUUAUUUGGACAUGCCAUUGAUGAUGAUUUCAUAUGCCCUUAUCACUCAGAUCGAAUAUUUGAAGCUUACAUAGGAGACAAGAACAUUAUCAAGUUUGAGGGAGAUCACAACUCUCCACGCCCUCAAUUUUAUUUUGAUUCAUUAAAUAUCUUUUUCCACAAUGUCUUGCAACCUCCCGAGGAUGAGGUGGGGGGGACAUACUUUGAAAUGGUGCAUGAUUACUUUGGUAAGGAUAGUUGGAGCUCGUUGCAUGAAGUAGGCUGUGACCCAGAAUCGCCAGUUGUAUCAAAAGUACCAUCAUCAAGCAGCACAGCAGAUGCCAUUGAACAAGUUCGGUCCAGAAAACCUAUGAGUCGGAUAGAGGUUCCUUUGGAUAUUCAACAUAAAGACAAUCAAUCUGAAGUUGAGCGUGAAGAAAUUGGUGAUUAUCAUUUGCCAUCAUCAUCCAAAAUGAUUACCUUUGAAUUAUCCAGUGGUCAUCCUCAUGGCCCACCUGUUCCAACAACAAUGGACGAUGAUCAAUAUGUAGAAUACCAGCUGGAUGACUUGGCAGGUUCUCCUUGUGAUAUGGAGGAGGAAGAAAGGAUGUUCAUGGAAGCAGUAAUUGAGUCAUUAAAGGACUUGGAGCUGCGACACCCCAAUGCAGAGGAACAACUGGCCAGUGUCAGUCCUGCUUCUGUUAAAUCCUCACAAAAAGAUAAUCAGGAUGCAUAUUCAAUUGCAGAACUCGGCAAUCCUUUGAAGACAUUACCAACUCCCACUUCAGUAAAGCAACAUGUGCCCUUAAAGACAGAAUCUGCUUCCUCUUCCGCUGUCAAUCACCAAAAUUUAGCAACUUUAGAUCCUUCUCCCGAUACAAGUGCAUCAUCUGUAGUAACUCCAUUUGACAAUCCACCUUCCAUAAUGGAAUCAGAAAGCAUAACUGCCUCUUCUAGCAAUGAUACUUCAGGAAGCAUCCACGGCUCUAUAGAUACUGACUUGUCAGGUAAUACAAAAGCUACAUUGACUGUAGAACGGAAUCCAGCAAACCACAUUAUGGAUGGUUUACUGCGUCGCUGGGAUUUCAACUUGUUCCGAAAUGGUCGAUGAAAACCAGAAUGCCAUGAUCAAUUGUUUUGUAAUUAAGAUAGUGUCACGAUUCAGUGCUGUACAACAGGCAAAAACAGAAGGAAGAAAAUAGAUUCAAUGUUUUAAAGUUGAUAUUGUUGCUUUUACCUGAUUACCAAAUUGAUGUAUACAGUCACUUGAUAUGAGGCUGGUAAUGAUUCUUUCUACUUUCGAUCAGGAGGGAUACACACCUGUUAAUAUCAUUUUUAUUUCUCUU